GUCUGACAUAUUAUGACGUUACGCGCUAACUCUCUUUCACUCUACCUCAAAUAUUUAUCAUCUUUAACCGUCAGCAACCCUUAUUUGCGGCCAGAUUAAAUUAGGCAACCUUAUAUGAAAAUUAAUAGAAAAAGAAAUUAAGCUUCAAAUUGACAUAUAAUUAAUAGAUAUCCGUUAUAAACGUAUAAAUUUAUCGAAAUCAUACCUGUUUAGACUUGGCUGCAAGAGGUGCGCAACGGCAACCGUGUUUUUUUAGAAUCUUCAUAUUAAUUACCGUGAUGUAGACGUUAUUUUAUUUAAAAAUUAAAUAAACGUAAUUUUUUACCAAAAAUCUAUUAAAAAUAAUGGCGGCCAAAUUUUGAUAGGCACCCUUUGAUAGACCCUAGUAAACAUAUAUUAUUCUCAAUAAAUAAACAUAAAAAUUUGGUUUUAAACAAAAACUCGAUGAACGCACCAAUCCUGCAGCGGGAUCUUAGCCAAUCGGGGGAAAACAAAUCAAUUGACCAAAUUACAAAGCUUAAUAAUGAUUUAUCAAUCUGUGGUUCAGCUACAUCCUAGCUAUUUCCAGUGUUGACAAAAUGGAGCUGUCUCAAGUCAGCUGAUAAUUGACAUUAGUAAUCUUAUGUGCUAUUAAUGCGGUAAUGCCCUGUGCCCAUUGUCAAUUAGUUAUUAGGAAUAAAAAAAAUGUGUUGGAUAAACAUUGGAUAAUGGAUUAGAAAUAUUAUAGAGACAUACAGGAUUACAAUAUUCAUUAAUGUUUCAUCAAACUGUGUUGUAACGGUGAACUAUUUAUGUAUAUAAUUUAAAAAGGAAAAAUGCCUCUCACAGCAAGACAACGAAGUAUUCAUAACAAAAAUGGAGCAAAAAGAUCGGCUAGUAUGACUAAAGGGAAGCGGUCUAGGAAAUCUAGUGAAGGAGAGUACCUAGUGACAAACGCACCAACAGACUUGCGUAGUAUAUCCUACCCAGGUGGAAUGGUUGCACUAGCUCUAUUGCUAACAGCUCGACUCAUAUCUGCAUACUGGGGACAUAUAGCAGAUUGUGAUGAAACCUAUAACUAUUGGGAGCCUUUGCAUUAUUUAGUCUAUGGAAGUGGGUUACAAACAUGGGAAUACAGUCCAGCAUAUUCAAUAAGAUCAUACAUGCCACUAUGGAUGUUUGCAGUUCCAGCUAAAAUACUGUCAUUCAUAAUGACACCUGUUUCUGUAUUCUUUACACUGAGAGCAUUGCUAGCUUCAUUGACUGCCUGUUCUGAACUUAUGUUUUAUAAAGCAGUAUGUCAUGAGUUUGGAGUGCAUGUAGGACGCAUUUGGCUUUGUCUGAGCCUGGCUGCAGCUGGGUGCUUUGCAUCAUCAGCGGCUAUGUUACCUUCUGCUUGGAGCUCAGCUCUAGUGUCAGCAGCUUUGGCCAGUAGUUGGAGAAGACGCUAUGCAGCAGCAGUAACAUUUACAGCCGCAACUACAUUGUUAAGUUGGCCAUUCACUGCUCUCAUCGGAGUACCAAUUGCAAUAGACAUGCUUUUCUUCAAAAAGAAAUUUUAUGAAUUCUUCAAGUGGUCUAUAAUAUCUUUGAUAGUGAUUCUUGUACCAACAGUCAUUGUUGACUCAUGGCAUUAUGGAAGACUAGUUGUAGCUCCAUGGAAUAUUGUUGCAUAUAACAUUUUUACUGAGCAUGGACCAGAUUUAUAUGGAGUAGAACCAUGGACAUAUUACUUUGUCAAUGGAUUCCUUAAUUUCAAUGUGGUUUGGGUCCUAGCUUUAUCCUGCCCACUUCUGCUCUUAGCGUGCCGCGCUGUUGCUACUCGUUCCAUUGCACCACCCGCCUUUUGUAUUCCUUAUUGGCUUAGUCUGAUGCCACUAGCCUUAUGGCUUGGUGUUUUUAUGCUGCAGCCACAUAAGGAAGAGAGAUUCCUGUACCCAGUAUAUAGUAUGAUAAUUCUAGCCGGCGCAAUUUCACUCGACUGCAUCCAGAAAAUGACGUUCGCGGUAGGGACAGAGCUAUUCCGAUGGCGCAAGGAGCGAGAGAGACGGCACUAUCUCUCUUACACCGGACCUCUUGCGGUUAUGUGUGUGAUGCUCUUCAGUAGUAUCAGCAUAUCCCGUAUAGCUGCGCUAUACAACAAUUACCACGGCCCAAUGGUGCUAUUGCGCCAUCUACCGGCUGAACCGAAAGUAGUGUGUUUUAGCAAGGAAUGGUACCGAUCGCCUUCCAGUUUUCACCUACCACCGGGCGCUAGUAUACGUUUCGUGGCCAGCGAGUUUGAUGGACAGCUUCCCGCGCCUUUUAGUCACUUACAUAAUGCUACCCGCAUAAUCCACCCACAUUUUAACGACCUAAACAAAGGUGACAAUUCCACCUACCUUUCGCCCUCCAAAUGCCACUACCUAAUCGACUCAGACAUAGGCCGACCCACGCAUCGUGAACCGUUUUACCACACAGAUACAAAAUCGUGGAACAUUAUUGCUUCUGUGCCAAUUUUGGACGCGUCAAAGUCAAAUAAAAUCUUCAGGGCGUUUUAUGUACCGGGCAUUUCGUAUAAACACGUUGUGUAUGCGAAUUUGUAUUUGUUGAAAAAUGUUUUAAUUAAUUGAAUUAUUUUGAACCGGAAAUGUGAAACGUCAUCUAUUUGUUUGUGUGAUAUUUCAGAAUUAUAUUUGAAUACAAAAUUUAUUUAUUAAAUUUAAAAUGUUGAUUUUUUUUGAAGUUAUACUUCUUUAGGCGCGUUAUGAACAAUAGAUUAGAGUGAAAUUUUACGAUGCGCGCUCCGUGAUACAAAAUUAACAGAAUGAAGUUAGGUCUAGGUGGCAUGAAAAUCGAUAACUAUGUUCAAGUUGUAUAUUCUAG